AAAAAAGAAAACAAAAACUAGACCAAUCCACCCUUCGUUUCAAUCUUCUUUCCAAUUUGCAUCAGAGUAUGUUGUUAGAAAUUGUGAAACAUUUUAAAAGAUAAGAACAAAGAAGGGCAGUGUGGGAUUAUAGAAAUUAGAAAGUGAGAAAGAGAGAGAGAGAGAGAGGGAAGAGCCAAAAAGAUUAAGGUUCUCCGCCGCCGGCCGAUCGAAGGAUAGCUUCGAGGCAGGGAUCGUGGUAGGAGAAGUAGGAGAAGCGAUCAUGGCAGUGAUGGAGAGUGGGGAUGGUCUUGAUCUGGGGUUGAAUGGUGGGCCGGUGAACCGAGAGGUGGAGGGAGGGAAGGAACAGCUGGGGUCUGCCCAGCAGCAGCAGCAGCAGCAGCAGCAGCAGAGUGGGGUGGGGGAUCAAGGGAUGGCUGCGGGAGAGGGAUUCAAGAGGGAGAUGAGGGAUCUGGAGGAGCUGCUGUCGAAGCUGAACCCGAUGGCGGAGGAGUUCGUGCCGCCGUCCCUUGCUAAUGGUAACCAUGGACCCGGUCCGGUCGCUGCUGGUGGUGCCGGCGGGGGACAUUUUUAUCCGAGCAAUUUUAGUGCGCCGAAUGGUCAUGUGAAUGGUGUCGUCAAUGGUACUGGUGGACGGAGGAAGAAGAAUGGUUAUGGACAAGGGAAGCGGCGGAUGAAUAAUAGGACAAGCAUGGCGCAGAAAGACGAGGUGAUCAGGAGGACUGUGUAUGUUUCUGACAUCGAUCACCAGGUCACUGAAGAACAGCUUGCAGCUCUAUUCAUCAAUUGCGGAAAUGUUGUUGACUGUCGCAUUUGUGGUGACCCAAAUUCUGUUCUGCGUUUUGCUUUUAUAGAAUUUACAGAUGAAGAAGGUGCAAGGGCUGCUUUAAGUCUGGCAGGAACAAUGCUUGGCUACUACCCUGUAAGGGUGCUCCCUUCAAAGACUGCAAUAGCACCUGUUAACCCAACAUUUUUGCCAAAGUCUGAAGAUGAGCGUGAAAUGUGCACGAGGACUAUCUAUUGUACAAAUAUUGACAAGAAGGUUUCUCAAUCGGAUCUCAAACUCUUCUUCGAGUCAAUAUGCGGAGAGGUUUAUCGCUUGAGGCUUCUUGGAGAUUAUCAUCACUCUACCCGCAUUGCAUUUGUCGAAUUUGCUAUGGCUGACAGUGCAAUAGCUGCUCUGAACUGCAGCGGAGUGGUUCUUGGAUCCUUGCCCAUUAGGGUUAGUCCUUCAAAGACUCCAGUGCGUCCACGCGCCCCUCGUCCACCGUUGCAUUGAAGACUGAAGGUCUGAUAUGAUGGCUGCAGCAUGUUAUAUAUACAUAUACAUGGACAUAAGUUAAUCUCUCUUGCCAUUUCAUCUAGUUCUCUUUUGUACCUAGCUGAGUAUUUAGUUCGUCUAUAGAGGGAACAGAUUCUUCUUUCUUAGCAUGUAGAGUUGGUUGCAAUGUCAGAGGCUCUGAACUUUUUGAAGUUCAAUGCACAUGGUGAAUCUUAUCCCAUAACUAAAUCGGUCUUCACCAAACAACAAUCUUUAAUUAUGCCUGAAUCUAAAGUGUUCAUGUGAUUGUCAUGUUUCA